CGGGCGGGCGCGCCGGAAGUGGCGGCGCGGGGAAGGGUGAGAGCGGCCCGGCCGGUGCCCGCGGCCUCAGCGCCGGUGUCCGUGUGUCCGUCCGUCCCUGCCCCGGAGCCAUGGGGCGGGCGGGCCUGGCCUGGGCCACCGCGCUGCUGCUGGCCGCCCUGGCAGCGCAGGCGGCGGCGGUGGGGGAUUUCGACCCGUACCGCGUCCUGGGGGUCGGCCGGAGCUGCAGCCAGGCCGACAUCAAGAAGGCCUACAAGCGGCUGGCCCGGGAGUGGCACCCUGACAAAAACAAGGACCCAGGAGCAGAAGAUAAAUUCAUCCAGAUUAGCAAGGCCUAUGAGAUUCUCUCCAACGAGGAAAAACGGGCAAACUUUGAUCGCUACGGAGAUGUCGGGGAAAGCCAGGGCUACUCUCAGCACCAGCAUCGCCAGUUCCACCACUUCCACGAAGGUUUCUAUUUCGACGAGUCCUUCUUCCAUUUCCCCUUCAAUUCCGAGAGGCGCGACACCUCCGACGAGAAGUAUUUGCUCCAUUUUUCCCACUACAUCAAUGAAAUCGUGCCAGAUAGUUUCAAGAAACCUUACCUCAUUAAAAUAACCUCGGACUGGUGUUUCAGCUGCAUCCACAUUGAGCCAGUGUGGAAAGAGGUUGCUCAGGAACUGGAGGCGCUGGGAGUGGGAAUCGGAGUGGUUCACGCUGGCUACGAAAGGCGCCUGGCCCAUCACCUAGGGGCACACAGCACCCCGUCCAUCCUAGGGCUCAUUAACGGGAAAAUAACCUUCUUCCACAAUGCUGUUGUUCGAGAAAACCUGUGGCAGUUUGUGGAGAACCUUCUACCGGGGAAUCUCGUGGAAAAGAUUACAGAUAAAAACUACAUUCGCUUUCUCUCCAACUGGAAGAAAGAAAACAAGCCCCAUGUCCUUCUGUUUGAUCAUAUGCCAGUUGUGCCGUUAUUAUACAAGCUAACCGCCUUCGCAUACCGCGACUAUUUGUCCUUUGGCUACGUGUACGUCGGGCUCCGAGGCACUGAAGAGUUGUCCAGUCAGUACAACAUCAACGUCUACACCCCCACCAUGAUGAUCUUCAAGGAGAACAUCGACAAGCCCGCUGACGUUGUGCAGGCACGAGAAAUGAAGAAGCAGCUCAUCGAUGACUUCCUUUCCCAGAAUAAGUUCCUCAUGGUGGCCAGACUCACCAACCAGAAGCUGUUCCAAGAGCUGUGUCCCGUCAAGAAGACUCACCGUCAGCGAAAGCACUGCGUGGUCUUGCUGACCGGAGAAGGCGAAAAGUUUGCUGAGGCUUACGAGGCAUUUUUGACUUUCGCUGUGGCCAACACCAAAGACACACUGAAGUUUGUGCACAUCUACAAUGACCGGCAGCCGGACUUUGCGGACACUUUGCUGAUGGAUGACGAGAAGUAUCGGGGAAAAUCAGCUGUGGUCAUUUUGGAGAGACGCAAUACAGCGGGGAAGGUCGCCUAUAAAACCCUGGAGGAGGCCUGGCAGGGCAGCAAAGAGGACAACUUCAUCCUCCUGGAUCUCCUGGACCAGCUGAGGACAGACCCUGGCCUUCUGUCUUCUGAGACUGUCCUGGCAGACCUGAACGAUGAACUCGCUCCUAUGUUCCUUAUCCGAUGGCUCUACUCCACACUGGACUACAUCUCGGACUGCUGGGACAGUGUGUUUCACAGUAACUGGCGAGAAAUGAUGCCGCUGCUGUCCUUGCUCUUCUCCGCCCUCUUCAUUCUCUUUGGCACCGUUAUUGUCCAGGCUUUCAGCGAUUCAAGCGAUACAAGGGACUCUCCUCCCUCUGAGAAAGAAGAAACUGCUGCGAAGACCGAGAAGAAUAACACGAGCUUCAGCAAAGAGAGUAACAGGAUUCCCAAAAAGGGCUUCGUGGAGGUGACUGAGCUCACGGGCAUCAACUACACCAGCAACUUGGUGCGCCUGAGGCCGGGGCACAUGAACGUGGUCUUGAUCCUGUCCAACUCAACCAAAACCGCCCUCCUGCAGAAGUUUGCGCUGGAAGUCUACACCUUCACCGGGAGCAGCUCCCUUCACUUCUCCUUCCUCAGCCUGGACAAGCACCGGGAGUGGCUGGAAUACCUGUUAGAGUUUGCGCAGGAUGCGGCCCCCAUCCCAAACCAGUAUGACAAGCAUUUCCUCGAGCGCGACUACACGGGCUACGUCCUGGCUCUGAACGGCCACAAGAAAUAUUUCUGCCUCUUUAAGCCUCACAAAUCGGGGGACGAGGCGGGAACCCUGGGAUCGUGUGAGGAUUACGAGUCCUCGCUGCACACAGAAGGCAGAGGGAAAUCCUGCAGCCCAAGAUCUAGAUCUGUUAAAAACAAAUUACACAAAUUGUCCUUUUGGAUGGAACGCCUCCUCGAGGGUUCCCUACAGAGGUUCUAUAUCCCCUCGUGGCCCGCGCUAGACUGAGGGAUUUUAAAGAGAUUCUAACGGACAAACUUUUUAUGAAGAUAUGACAAGGGACAGCUCUUUCCAGGAAUAAGCGAACAAGCGUGACGAAUGAACCUUUAGGUUUUAGAUGAACUCUCCUCGGGCCAGCGACUAAAGCCCAGGAGCACAGCCAAGCGCACCAAAAUUCCCUCCACCGACUCCUUCGUGCGUUUGGACGCCGUGCUACCGAAGAGCCAAGAAACCCAUUUUUCCCUUCUUGUCCUGCUGCAUCUGCUUCCCGAGUCGCCCCCGUUCCAUCUCUCGUUUUACCUCGGUUGAAGAAAAAAAACAACCCUGUGACUUCUCUGCCGCGGUGACUCGGUCCGGACCGAACGCGGCCAGUGACGCAGGUCGGGUUGUGGUUCUCUGUCCCCUUCCCAAUGUGCUUGGCCUGAGGUGUCACAGCGGCACAACCCUGCGGACCCCUCCGAAAGGCCUCCUGCCACCAGGCACUCGUACUUUUAUCGACUUUCCCCGUGGUAAGUGAGCUAGAAUACGGUCAGGAGCAUCUCCCUCGUAGCAAACCUGUAGUUGGGACUCGCCCGUGGUGCGGGCUCGUGGACGAUCUGCAUGUUUGAUGCUCCUCCUGUCAUCAUCCCACGUGCAGCUUCACCGGCUACACCGUAACCGGGGAGGGAUUUUUGCACAGCCGUGAAUACUUUAAAGGUGUUGAACCGUUUAAAUGUCACGUUGAUUUUUUUCCAGAUGCCUUUUCUGCUUCUGUCAAUUUUAGAUGAUGUAUCCUAGAGCCAUAACUUUAACCGUGUCCUCAGAUCGUAGGCGUGAGCUGCUAUGAGCCAGUAGAUGUGUAAAAGAAACUCUACCUAGCUGCUAGGGAGUCGCUCCCGGCUCCUGUCCAACACCCUCACAUCUGUAGUACAAACCAACCUUUCUUUGUAUCAAGGAGCCGAAUUUUUCGACGGUUGUAUUCCUGAAAUGUUGCCCCAGACGUGCUGUGUCAUCCAACCGUCGCUUACGUGUGAAAUUCCUUUUACUUUGGCCAUGAGGUUAAGACUCUUGUUUUCAGCCUCUCACCUGUUUCCUUCUCGCCACAAACCCUUGUUUCUCACCAUGCAGGCUGCUGCCUUGGGUUAUUUGUUCGUAUUUUUGGUUUGGUUUUAUAUUUCUUUUGUCUUUUGGAACUCGUAGGUCUGUGUGGAGCCAGGACAACCGUAGAGCGCAGGGUUGGCUUGACGCUUUGCUCCAACAACUGUCACCACCACAGGUGGCCCUGUGUGACACACAGGGAAAUCAAGCCGCAGAUUUGCAGCUGUUUUCCAUUCCUCAGGUGAUUAAAUAAAAAGCAGCAGGGUUUUAUUUUUGCAGCAGGGACUGAAACCAUGUGGGAAUUGUCCUUUUCACCACCCCGGGGCUGACACCUUCGCCCGGGCUGCUCCUUGCUGCGCGGUACCAAGUUGUCUUGGUGCUUGGUGGAGCACGUGCUGUUAAUUAAAAGCUCCCUCUGCCCUCGCCACCUUAAUCAACCACCUUAGUGGAGGAACAACUAUGCCAAACCAAGCUAGCUGCCGAUCCCGUAGGAAAUCUGGGGGUGCUCAAGUCAUUUUGCUGCCUCCCCAGCUCCCGAAGUGCUGGUUUGCUGCAUCCCUGACCCGCUGCGGCCACCACAGCUACUCAGACUCCCUGUACAACCUCCUUCCAAAUAAAGGCUCCGCUGCUACCAACUGACCCUGCGGUUACUUAAUUUUAGCUCAGCAGCUUGUGCUGCGGCACCAACGCGGCACUGAAUAGAGGGGAGGAAGGAAGGAGGAGUGUUCUCCCUGCCAAAUAUCUCCGAGGCGCACAGGAGCCGCGGGAAUGGAGCGGGACAGGGGAUAAAACACUGGCCUGACGCUGCUAAACUUGUUUUUCGCAUGGCUGGAGCAAUUGCUGAAGCACUUUUGUGCUUUUCCCGCUGCUGGCUGUGCAGGAUGUGGCUGGAAUAAGGUUGUGGGCCAGUGGAGGGCUCCACGUAACUUUUUAAAUGUUUGCAAAAAACAAAACCACCCUCUGGGUCCCUGCGGUCUCUUCAGCUCAUCAGAAACCAGGAGAAAACCUUUUGACACAUUGAAGUGCCUAGUAGUGCUAUAGCAAGAGAAUUCAGCCCUGACCUGGGUAAGAUGACAAGGCCUUGAAGCCUUCAAAUUACAGUUAAUGUGCUGCACGCCUGCUGGAAUCCUUAUUUAUCUUAUUUUAGCACAGGUGGCCUCCCGUUUCAGCCUGGGUUUAGUUAAGCAGCGCUUGCAGCAGUUCGCUCUCGCUGGCUGUGCCUGGAUGGGACUGUGUCGCUGUUUUAUGGAACAAAAGCUUAUUUUAUGGGCUGAAGCAAAUGCCAGACUGUCCAUUGGCUUUGGUGUCUGUCGCCGAGCACGGGGUGCUUGAUUUCUUGUAGAAUAGCAUGGACGGAGGCUGCAGACACCCCAAACCCAUCCGCCUUCUCCCAGCAGCCACGAUAAUUUUUAAUAUUAAUUUUCUCCAGCGGUGCCCGGCCCAAAUCGUCAGAUUUCCUCAGCAAAACGCGCUUGCCCUUCUGUUAUGCACGUGGUGGUUCGUAAUCCAAAGAUUGAUGCCGUUCAGUCCCAGUGCACGGUUCUAGUUGAAAUCCCGGUGAUCGCCCCCGCUCCCCAGCUCAAGCAAAGGGCUCCAGGCCCCCAAAUUAAAGGUGUGUACCAAAACCUCCUCCCUGGCCCAAGCGGGGGCUGCAGCAGCUGCCAGGAGCCAGAACACUGAGAAACAGGACUGAAAGCUAGAACAUAUUUUGCACUUUUGAUACUGGGAGGGGGGGAUUAACUUAUUUGGCAAACUUGUCUUUUUUUAUUUUUGGUUUUGUUUUUUUUUUUUGGGGGGGUGUUUUGGGUUUUUAUUUGUGUUUUGGUUUGCUUUUUUUUCUUUAAUUUGUAUUUGUGAACGGACACUGAUGUCAUUUUAUUUUCAGACGAUUCGCAACCGAAAUAAAACUAUUUUAAUGUGUGA